UCACGUGUCGGUGUCACGUGAUCGCUUCCCGGAAGCGCCGCGGACCCGGCGCGCUGGGUCUGGGUUAGAGGCGGAGGGGAGUUCCCAGGGUCAUGGCCAAACCCGGGUUGGGGCCGGACCCCGGGGGCGUCGCCGCAGCCGCGGUGCUGAAACGGGCGGUGGAGCUGGACGCCGAGUCCAGGUACCAGCAGGCUCUGGUGUGUUACCAGGAGGGGAUCGACCUGCUGCUGCAGGUUCUCAAAGGCACCAAAGAUGAUACAAAGAAAUGCAAUCUCAGAAAAAAAAUUUCUGACUACAUGGAUAGAGCAGAAAACAUAAAGAAAUACUUGGACCAAGAGAAAGAAGAUGGAAAGUAUCACAAGCAAAUUAAAAUAGAGGAGAAUGCAACAGGAUUCAGUUAUGAAUCGGUUUUUCAAGAAUACCUUAAUGAGACAGUGAGAGAAGUUUGGAUAGAAGAUCCUUAUAUAAGAACUAAUCAUCAGCUGUAUAACUUUCUUCGGUUUUGUGAGAUGCUUAUCAAGAAGCCAUGUAAAGUACAAACGAUUCAUCUUUUGACCUCCCUGGAUGAAGGCGGUGGGAGAGGGCAACAAAUUAGUGGCCUGGAAGAAAUAAAAGCAUCACUGAGGAAUCAUGGAGUGCUGUUGGAAUUAGAAUAUUCUUCUUCCAUACAUGACCGAGAAAUUAGGUUCAACAAUGGAUGGAUGAUUAAGAUUGGAAGGGGACUGGAUUAUUUUAAGAGACCACAGGGUCGUUUUUCCCUUGGAUAUUGUGAUUUGGAUUUAAGACCGUGUCAUGAAACAACAGUGGACAUUUUUCAUAACAGGCACACACAAAAAAUAUGAUGGACACUAGCUUAAUUUACAUUGUAUAUUUCUAUUUCAAGUGAAUAUUAGAUGUUUUUAUACUUGGGACAGAUUACUCCUAUAAAAUGUGAAUAAUAAACUUGUACAUUCCUACUAA